GGCGGGCCCGGCGCGGAGCAUGGCGGCGCCCGGCUACCCGGCCUGGGUCACCCGCUGGGUCUCCGGGCAGUGGCGGCAGAAGAAGCGGCCGCCGGUUAUCCGCCCGACACGGCCGCUGGUGCUGGCCGACAAGGUAGCGAACCGCAGGGAGCAGGCGGGAGAGGCAACAUGCAUUACGGAGAUGUCAGUAAUGAUGGCCUGCUGGAAACAGAAUGACUUCAAUGAUGCAGCUUGUGCUGAGGAGAUCCGGAUGUUCUAUGACUGCGUGGCAAAGGCAGAAAAGGAGCGCAAGGAUCAAAAUGACGAGGACAUGCUGUCACCCAAGGGAAACUUAACUUCAAGCAAAGUGAACAAGCUCCUGAGGAGGUUUCCUCAGGCCACGCGUUAUGUGUAAUGUGCUUUGCUAAAGGGACUGCAGACAAGCAAUUAAAGUUGGAGACUUUUGCAAAAAAGUGAAAAGCAGACUUGAGUGAGCAUUUGAUGUCAGGUGUUAUCUGUCAGCACUGCUGCAUGGAUAUCGACUGCACCUUUGUUUCCAGAGUGAAAAACGCCCAUCUUGACCAUCAGCUGACUUUGUUAAUGAGGUUCUCGGGUCUUGCAGUCUUAGGGUUUCUGCAGUGUACUGUUCAGUUGGCCACAGUGUGGAGUCAGAUCUUCACUGUGAAAUAAAAUCUUCUAGGAAUGCAUGUAACUGCCUUUUCUGACAGUUAGGGGGUGACUUUUCCUCAUGUGUAAGGUUUCUGCCAAGCAUCUGACCUGCUAUCAGAAAGUGCUCAGGCCCAGCCAUGGAGCCAACCACCGAUAGUAAUCUCAUGACUUGUAGUUCUGCAUUGUGUAUACACAGUUUGGUUCCUCUUGAAAUUUUUUUAAUUCCUGCUGCUGUACAAGAAGGCUGUAGAAUGAGGAAGAAGUCUCCAGCAAAGUACCUUCUUAAUACACAGUACAUUGGUAAGGAUCAAAUAGAUUUUUAAUGGAGAAGCUUGUGGUUUAGGCCCUCUUGAUUUGUAGGUGGGAAAACUAUGGUGCCAUAUCAGAGCUGUUGUGUGUACUAUAAUAAAAUAAUGCAGGACUGUUGUUUACCCUGGGCAA